ACAGACGAUAGAAGAAUAUGUUGCAAAAUAUGCUUAAAUUUUCGGUUGUGAAUAGAUAUUUGCUGAGAUUUUCGCAUAUUCAGUCAGUGCAAUACCCCUUUUCAAAACGAAACAUAAUUCAGCUUCUAAAGCCCCUUUGUGUUGGAGUUACACAAAAGCCUUGGUUUAACGAAUUUAACCAGUGGCUUAACUGUGCAAAAAAUGUGCACACGAGUUCAGGGAUGCAUAUCAUAUAUUUUGCUAAAACUGAGACCAAGGCCACAAAAAAGAAAGUGGAAAAAGAGGCUAAACCUGAUGUCAAACCUAAAACUUCCAAGAAGGAACAACCACCAGCUGAACCAACUGAAGUUACAAACGGAACAAAUGAAAAAAAAAUUACAAAACGCAAUAAAGCAGAACCUGUAAGCGUUGAAAAUGUCGAGGAAACUGUUGCACCUAAAGCAAGGAAAAACAAGGCUACAUCUUCCAAGAAGGAAAAUACUAAAGUACCACCUGCUGAACCAGCUGAAGGUGAAAACGAGACAACCGAAAAAAGAAUAACAAAACGUAGGAAAGCAGCAGAACCCGUAAGCGCUGAAAGUAAGGAGGAACCUAAGGCAAAGAAAACUAAGGGUAAAACUGCCAAGAAGGCAGACAGUGGAAAUAAAGAAGAAACCCAAGUGGAAGAAGCGAAAAAACCUCAAAAACGCAAAGCUGUUGCUAGUAAGAAAGAGACUGAGCCAGAUAGUACAAAGGCGCCUAAAAAUUCGACAGUAACUAAUUGGGAAAAUAUAAAUUUCAAAUGCACUACGAAAUCCCCGAAAGGAAAAGCUCCCAACUUUCAUAUCACUACGUGGAAUGUAGGCGGAUUAAGAAGCUGGUUAAAGAAGGGAUGCCUUGAUAUCCUGAAGUAUGACGAACCAGAUAUACUUUGUAUUCAAGAGACUAAGUGCGCUGUAGAUAAAUUACCAGAAGAAGUCAAGACUAUAGAAGGUUAUGAAACAUUGUGGUGUAGUAGCGAUAAAGAUGGCUAUGCAGGUGUAGGCAUUAUGGUUAAAGAUAAACCACUUAAUGUUAUUUAUGGGAUUGACUCUAAAGAACAUGAUACAGAGGGCAGAUGUAUCACUGUGGAGUAUGAAACUUUCUUUGUAGUCAACGUAUAUGUCCCCAAUGCAGGUCGAAAACUAGUCACCUUGCCAAAACGUUUAGAUUGGAACGAACAAUUCGAGAAGUUUAUUAAAAAUUUGGACUCCCAAAAACCAGUCAUAAUUUGUGGGGAUAUGAACGUGGCACACAAAGAGAUUGACUUGGCCAAUCCCAAAACCAACACCAAAAAUGCUGGGUUUACAGUGGAGGAACGUGACGGCAUGACUGCUUUUCUUGGAAACGGUUAUGUUGAUAUUUAUCGCCACUUAUAUCCCGAGAAGGAAAAAGCUUACACUUUCUGGACCUACAUGGGAAAUGCCAGAGCUAAGAACGUUGGAUGGCGCUUGGAUUAUUUCUUAGUCUCCCAAAGAUUUGUGGACAACGUUUGCGAUAACAUAAUACAUAGUGAUGUUCUGGGGUCGGACCAUUGCCCCCUUUCACUCCACAUCCAGAUUUAAGUGUUUGGGCCAGUUUUUCAACUUUUUUUAUAUUCGUUUGAGUUUUGUUUUUAUUACAUUACAUGUGUCGAAAUAAGUUUUAAUAAAUGCUGAAUUUCCCUUUAAAAUAGUAGGUUUGUCAUUAAAACAAAGUUUCAUUUUCCAAUACUGUAUUUACUAUAGUUUGUACUAAAUUAGUGUUCAAUUUGUU